UUUAUUUUUUAUAAUCAAACAUGUAAAACAUGCGCCAUUUGUUUGGGACAACACCCAUCCCAAGUAUGCGUAUAAGGCGAAAAAGGCGAAAUUCUGGUCGCUGCUUGCAGAGAAGGUAAAUGCACACGGUGGCUUCUUCUCAACCACACCAAUUACAAAGGAGGCGCUGCAAAAGAAAUGGACAAAUAUGAAGACAUACUAUUUGUUCGAGGAGAGCAAAUCGCGAAGAAUCGGUGCCGAUGCGGAUAAUUUCAGCACAACUUGGAGAUUUCGAUCAACAUUGGCCUUUUUAAGCACAACGCUGGAUGCACCGGCAUCAAGUCGACCAAAUGCAAGUGAAAGCAGUUUUGAUUGUCUGUCCGAGGAUGAUCCACUGGCUACCCAAGAUUGCAUCCAGCCAGCCAAUAUGGGCAUAAAAACCGAAGAGCCUUCGGUAGAGGAUUCGCCAACAUCGAAUGAAAUUGAAGAUGAAUCCUUGCCACCAGUAAGAAAACGUAGUAAGGAAUCCAAAGGCAUGGAGCUGCGAACUACAAGGAUUGCCCAUCGAACAAAUUUCUAUCAUUAUGGCAUGACGGUUGCCCAGGAUCUGGAUCAACUGGAUGAGGACUUUAAAAUUGAUGCCAAGCUAGAAAUAAUGCAAAUUAUUGCCAAAUACAAAAGAGAACAAUACUUGAAUCAAAGCAACAGCUAAAAAUAAAACUAAAUUUGUAUAUAUAUCUA